AUGUAUCAGCUGACCGCCACUCCGGAAAGUGCCCUGGCAGAUGAGCCUGUGGCCAUCCACGUGUCAGGCUUGCCUCCAUCCCAGGUGGUAACUCUCAAGGCCACACUGACUGAUGAAAAGGGGCAAUUGUUCCAGUCAAGAGCCUUCUACAGGGCUAAUGAGGCUGGACAAGUAGACCUGGAGCGAGCUCCAUCUUUGGGAGGUGACUAUGUAGGCAUCCAUCCAAUGGGCCUCUUCUGGUCUCUGAAACCUAAGAGGCAGUUUUGGAGGCUACUCAAGAGGGAUGUGAUGAAUAGUCCCUUUUGGCUUACUUUGGACCUAUAUGAUUCCAUUUGCAUCCAUGAUUCAACCACCGAUAAGCCCAGAGCUAGCCAGAUGGUGCAGCGUUGGUUCUCAAGCCCUGGGGUAGAACGAAAGCAGAUCCGAGAAGGUCGAGUUCGUGGAGCCCUGUUUCUCCCUCCAGGGGAAGGCCCUUUCCCAGGAAUCAUUGAUUUGUUUGGAGGCCUCGGGGGACUAGUUGAAUUUCGUGCCAGUCUUUUAGCUGUGCGUGGCUUCGCAGUGCUGGCUUUAGCCUACUUUGCUUAUGAAGACCUUCCUGACAAACUACUGGAGGUAGAUUUGGAGUACUUCGAGGAAGCUGCCAACUUUCUGUUGGCUCAUCCCAAGAUCCAGAGGGCAGGCAUUGGAGUGAUCUCCGUGAGUAAAGGCGCAGAGAUCGCGUUGGCCAUGGCCUGCUACCUGAAGCAGGUCGUGGCUACGAUCUGCAUCAAUGGGCACAGCGCGGUCUGUGACAUGCCACUCAAGUACCGGGAUCUGGUUGUGGCACCCACGCCCUUGGGUAUGGAAUGCAUGCAGGUCCAUGUCUCUGGGGCUGUGUCCCUGCGCCACAUUAGAGGAGACCCCCGGAAAGACAUGAACCCACAGAGCUUGCUUCCAGUGGAAAAUGCCCGAGGAUGGAUCCUCUUUAUCGUAGGAGAGAAUGACCAAUGCCUCGAGAGUAGAGCGUAUGCGGAGCAGGCCAUGGAUCGGCUGAAGAGCCACGGGAAGAGCAAUGGAAGGAUGCUACUCUACCCUGGGGCCGGCCACCUCAUCGAGCCGCCCUACGCUCCCUUGUGCUUUGCCUCCUGGAACUCAGUCCUUUCCAGGGUCUUACUCUGGGGAGGGGAUCCUGUGGCACAUGCUGCAGCCCAGGAGCACUCCUGGGGAGAGAUCCAGAAAUUCUUCAGGCAACACCUCACCGAGACCGCAAGCAAACUCUAAGCAA